UCAUUAAAGGUAUGAUUCCUAUUACAAAUCCUUCAUUACUCAGCGGUAAUCUCGAGAGUUUAUCCUUAAACUUUUGAGAAGAACCAAGUGAGAUGGAGAAAGAAGAUAACGAUGAAUCUGUUCUUGAGUCUCCUCUUAUUGACACUGGUGCAAUUCUGUCCAAGAAUUUAUUCUGUGACAAAGCAGAGAUGAUGGAGGAGUUGAAGAAGCAAAUGCAUUUGGCAGGACCUCUGGUUGUGGUUUGUUUCUUACAGUACAGCUUGCAGAUGAUUUCAGUCAUGUUUGUUGGUCAUCUUGGCGAGCUAUCUCUCGCAAGCGCUUCCAUGGCCACUUCAUUUGCAGGGGUCACUGGUCAUAGUUUCGUGCUCGGAAUGGGAAGUGCACUGGAGACCUUUUGUGGACAGGCGUAUGGAGCAAAACAGAAUCACAUGCUGGGUGUAUACAUGCAGAGAGCAAUGCUUGUUCUUACAUUUGCAAGUCUUCCUAUAGCAAUUCUAUGGGCCUUUACUGAGCAAAUUUUCACAACCCUUAAACAAGACCCUCAAUUUUCAUUGGAGUCAGGGAUAUAUUGUCGCUGGUUGAUUCCUAGUAUUCUUCCUCUAGGCCUUCUUCAGUGUCAAUUAAGAUUCUUGCAAGCCCAGAAUAAUGUAUUCCCGUUGAUGGUAAGUACCGGGAUCACAAGUCUGCUUCAUCUCCUUACUUGUUGGACUUUAAUUUUCGGAUUCGGGUUUGGGAGCAAAGGAGCCGCCCUGUCUAGUGCCAUCUCUUAUUGGGGCAAUGUGUUUAUUCUGGCAAUUUACAUCAAGUUUUCUCCAAAGUGUAAGACAACUUGGACGGGUUUCUCCAGAGAGGCUCUGGAAAAUCUCCGCAGCUUUCUUGGCUUAGGCAUACCUUCAGCUCUUAUGGUCUGCUUGGAAUUCUGGUCAUAUGAGUUUUUGGUUCUCAUGUCCGGUUUUCUUUCCAAUCCCAGGCUAGAAACAUCAAUGAUGUCCAUCAGCCUCAACACAAGUUCAGUGGUUUUUAGGAUACCCUUUGGUUUGGGGUGUGCCAUAAGCACAAGAGUUUCAAACGAAUUAGGGGCAGGGAGACCUCAAUCAGCACAUCUUGCAGUGCUGAUAGCCAUAUUCUUCGCUGUCAUGGAGAAUCUUUUACUAAGCUCCAUUGCAGUUGCUGCUAGGGACAUAUGGGGCUACAUGUACACCAAUGAGUUGGAAGUAAUAAGAUAUCUGGCAUCCAUAAUGCUAGUUCUUGCUAUAUCAAAUUUUAUGGACGGAAUGCAGGCUGUAUUUUCAGGGAUUGCUAGAGGGUGUGGUCGGCAGAAGAUUUGUGUAUAUGUAAAUUUAGCAGCAUAUUACCUUGUCGGCCUUCCUGCUGCUAUAAGCCUAACAUUUUUCUUCCACUUGGGAGGGAAGGGACUUUGGAUGGGAAUCAUAUUUGGGAGUGGCCUACAAGCACUUUUGCUUUUUGUCAUUACAAUGCGCAUAAACUGGAAAGAAGAAGCAAGGAAGGCCAAGAUAAGAGUGCUUGCCUCCACAAUUCCGACAGAUACGGCAUCAUGAAGGUAUUAAUCUCUACUUUCGGCACAACACAGGGCAAUUAAAAUCAAAGAGAGAAGAACAAAUUUGAGUGCCCAGAUAAUCUAAUAUGCAUGUUAAUUAAAUCUUUUGAUUUUUGUUGGUUGUAAAGGACUAGUUUUUGGAUAAGAGAAGGGAUGAUUUGUGGCA